CGAUAUCUCGUGUUCAGUAAACCAUAUUAGUCAAAUGAAAAAGAAGUAGCGGGGUAUUCAACUCGUAUUAUUGAAAGACAGUGAAAGGACCAAAAGAUUUAUCAUUUUAUCAUCUCAAUUGGAUUUGAACUUUAUUCAUUUCCAUUCGGACAAUACACAGGCUGUGUGAAGAUUGUGAAGAACUCUCAUGGAAUAUCAGGACCUUCCCGAACAGGACUUACCAAAGCCCGGACAAACACAGCUACCCCCAUCUUCUCAAGGAAUGCACGUGCCGGUCAACCCUCAGCACGCGGGGAUGCAUGGCUCCCAUUCUCACGGCCAGCCCCAGCAACACUCACCGAAUCCCCAAACCAACCUCAAUGGCAGCGGAGCAGGGUCCCCGAAUUCUGGGGCCAGCAAAAAAGACGCAGACAGAGUGAAGCGCCCUAUGAACGCCUUCAUGGUGUGGUCUCGCGGCCAGAGACGGAAAAUGGCCCAGGAGAACCCGAAAAUGCAUAAUUCAGAGAUAAGUAAAAGACUCGGUGCUGAGUGGAAAUUAUUAUCCGAAGCCGAAAAACGGCCAUUUAUCGACGAGGCCAAAAGACUCCGUGCCAUACACAUGAAGGAACAUCCCGAUUACAAAUACAGGCCAAGGAGGAAAACGAAAACACUCAUGAAGAAAGAUAAGUACGCCCUACCCGGAAUGCCAUCCGGAGCCCCUCUACAGCCCGGGCGGGAGGGACAGAUGUACCCCAUGGGAGGAUACAUGCCCAACGGGUACCCUAUGAUGCACGACGCAAACGCAUACAUGAAUCAAAUGGGCCUUGCCGGACAGUACGGCUACAUGCCAUCACAACAAAUGCCCGGGAACCAGAUGACGUCGGGAUCCUACAUGAACGGAAGCUCCAGCUACACCAUGUCCAUGGCCGGGAUGGGCCCUUACCCCUCAAUGUCUCCCUCGCAGAUGACUGGUGGCGUCAAACGAGAGCCCACCCCCGGAUCCGGUCCCCAGGGCCCCGGGCGACCCACCAACCCCGGAGAUUUACGUGAAAUGAUCAGUAUGUACCUACCCACGGGCGACGGCUCUGACCCCCAUAGUGCUCAGCAGAGACUCAUGCAUCAAGCUCACUACCAACCCCCUCCACCCUCCUCAGAAGGGGUAAACAAUACUGUACCGCUUACGCAUAUGUAACCACAAUCAGACUGACUCUAAAUUGUAAUAUACGAAUGUGUUUAUAGACAUGACUUUAUCAUAUAUAUUAUAUUUUGUGUGCGCAAAACCAAUACAUGUUGGAUAUUAUGAUCAUACAGUUAUAUCGUCGAUUUUGUCAACAUUAUUCUUUUUUUUUGUAACUUGUUCAUUUUUAAGAAUGUGCGACUAUUUACCUGAACACGAAAAUCUCCGAGAGAACAAACUGCAGUGAAGAUUUCAUAUUUUUUUUCUUUUCUCUUCCAUGCGCAAAUGUGGCUCAUUUUCUGGACGCGUGAAGAGUGACUGUGUGUUAAUUUGUGUGCGAUGUUGUCAUUUUCAAAAGAUCUUCAGCAGGGACGGUAUUUGUAUUUAUUUUUUUAUCCCUAUACAAUCUAAAAGGGACAGACUUAGGUACGCAUAAUAACUGAUUUCAAUUUAUAUCGAAAACUUUGCUCAGAUUCUAUUGUAUUUUGUGCUUCGGAAAAACAAUUUUCCCCCACUUCAUUUAAUUAAACACAUGAAUUAAAUGAUCAUAAAACCAUACGAAUUUACACCAGUAUUAUUAUUUUUAUUUUAUUGUUCAGUGUGAGAAAUUAGGUUACAAUUAGUUUAUUAGAUUAAGUAAUGUUUUUAUCUUUAAGAAAUAUUUUUUUUGUUUAUUAUUUUUUUCUUUUUCGUUUGAUAUAAAGCUCGGAAUAAAAGGGUUUUUAAGUAUGUCUACUUAUCUGGCGAAGUGAUAUUUUUUUUUUUAAAUAUCACUUUGAUUUGUAAAUACGUAUGAUCAUUUCAAAUACUGUAUUUAUUUGAGAGUGUUUGGCUAGAGAUAAAAGAUAUCUCAAAUAGAAAUAUUAAAUGAUGAAAUGAA